UGCUGCCUACUUAAGCCAUAUAAUGUUCUGGUUACCAGCGAAUGUCCAUUGUCGCACAUGGAUCUUCCAUAAACACGAAUCAAAGCCACUUAGUUUUAUUCUAGACUUGCUUAUCACUGUAUCGAAAAUCUGCCUUAAAGUUCCGAUUCCGGUGCAACUCACAUAAUUAUAACGUAUUUGUUUCUCAAGACCACGAUGGAGCGCAACAUGUGUGUUUUGAUCGUGUUGGUGGCGGUGGUGACCUUUAGCUGCAUGGUUCAGAGGUGCUCGGCGCAGUACUACACGGUGGUGGUGGGCACGCCCACCACCGGCACGCUCAACUACGGUCGCGGCUACCGCAACAACGGCUGGAGCGGCUACAACAGCUACUGGCCCUACAACCGCUGGAUCAACAACGGCAACAACGGCUACGGCCGCUACCGCUACAACAACGGCUACAAUAACGUUAACGCAUACAGCAACGGCGGCUACCGCGUCGUCUACGUCAACGGAUAGCCAACCAUUAAUUCAUAUAACGAUUUCUACGACGAUCCCUACCGUACGAAUACGAAGGAAAACCAUCCCUUAUUCCUUGGCCUGGCAGCGAGGCGGAUGCUUUAUACCUACACAGCGGUCCGCAACUAGCAUGCUGCCGUUGCAUUUGUAUGUCCUUGACUGGGUCGACGCACUACUUAAUUUUGUUUUCCGGGCUUUGUUGUUUAUACAGUACAUUAGCGACUUGUAUGCAGUUGAAUUCCUUGUCUUGUGCGGUAGCAGACAGCAGUGCUAUUAACAGUUGGAUUCCUGUUGCCUGCACAUGUUGGGGUUGGCAGCUGUCAGAGUUUUAAAGGAAUCUGCAGCAAAAUGCAGCCCGUGCUACCAAAGUAUUUACCCGAUUGCAUGGCCGCACGUCGGACAUUUUUAAUUAUACGUAUGUAUUAUACGUAUACGUAUGUGUAUUGUACACUACGAUUCGUAACAUUUAAAUUACGCAAGCGCGUGCAUAC